UCGGUUGUCACGGGAAACGAUGCUACAGAAGAAUGGCUAUUGGUCAGUUUCGUGUACGAGAUGGCUGUUAAGGAACAACGUCAGAGAUGAAAGCGGAUUUGUCAGUUAAGGUACAAGCAACGUUCCAUACAUUCACGGUUAUAAGACACAACACAACUAUAUAAUAAUGGAAACUGACUCUAUUCCUCUUCCUUACGAUGCUCUAUGUUCCGAAAUUAUAGAAGAUAACUUAGUGAUCGACGAGGAAGACAUGAAACCAGUCAUCGAUACGGAUACAGAAAAGAACGAGCUAAGGUAUGCCGUUUUGACUUACGAGCAAGUGAAAAGAUUGGAUCAAGUCAUGAACGAGAUAGUGCCUCUUCACGGCCGUGGAAAUUUUCCAACUUUGGAGAUCAGACUUCGAGAUCUGGUCAAACACGUACGCAGUCAAUUACAGAAGGACGGAGUGAAUGUGCGUGACUUAAGACUGAAUGGAGGAGCUGCAAGUUACAUCCUAGCCUCUGAAAAAACUCCCUAUAAUGACCUGGACUUAAUAUUUUUGGUUGAUCUAUCCAAUCCGCGUAACUUCGAUAAAAUCAAAACAGCCGUUUUGGACUCUCUACUCGAUUUUCUUCCAGAAGGAGUGAAAAGAAUGAGUAGCUGUAGUUUGAAAGAAGCUUAUGUACACAAAAUGGUGAAAGUUACGGAUAGUGACCGAUGGAGUUUAAUAUCACUCAGUAACAAGUGCGGAAGGAAUGUGGAAUUAAAAUUUGUAGACAAGAUGAGAAGACAGUUCGAAUUCAGCGUUGACUCGUUCCAAAUAGUUUUAGACAGUCUGUUGUUGUUUUAUGACUGUGCCGAAAUGCCAAUGACCGAAACUUUUUACCCUACUGUAAUAGGAGACAGUGUUUAUGGGGACUUUUCGGAGGCCCUAUAUCAUUUACAGAAGAGACUGAUAGCCACUCGGAAUCCGGAAGAAAUAAGAGGUGGGGGACUUUUAAAGUAUUGUAACUUACUGGUAAGAGACUACGUAGCCGAAGAUGCAGACCAAAUCAAAACGUUGGAGAGAUACAUGUGUUCUCGAUUUUUCAUCGAUUUCGGGGACAUUGCUCAACAACGGAUAAAACUGGAAAACUAUCUAGCAACUCACUUCAUCGGUGACGAUCAUUGUAAGUAUGAUUACCUUAUGAUAUUACAUCAAGUCGUAGACGAGAGUACCGUGUGUCUGAUGGGUUAUGAAAGGAGACAGACACUGGCCCUAAUUGAGGAAUUAGCCUAUCAAGUAUACUUUCAGGAACAACAGCGAUUAGCAUCUAAACUCAGACAUCGGAAAAAAAAUUGUCGUUCAAACCGUUACGUUUUCGGGGAAGGUUACUUUUACACACCUUACAUGUCCCCUAACGGAUAUCCUUCCUGUAAUUGCAGUAACAGGUGGAUGUCGUGCGCGUGAAGAGUACUCUGAAGAUUGCUUUAUAUGAGAGUACAGAUUUUAAAAAUGAUAUAACUCACAUUUCGAAAAGAUAAAAAAAGAAAACAUAUAUACAUAUAUAUAUAUGCAUUCGACAACGUAGAGCUAACGUGUUUCUACCUUUUCAUCCCAUUAUGCAAAAAUCUACGGUCCGGUUCGCCAAAAUCCCCAAUAUUAUAGCGAACUGAGUGGUGUCCCGUCCUGUGGUUAAAAAAUACUAUAAAAAUCCUGGUAUAAGGACAUUAGGAGCAAUAAGUGGAACGAUCAUGCGAGUGAAUAAAAUUUUGUUUUGCAAUCUUAAAACGCUCUAAUUUACGCACAAAACUUAAAAAUCGAAGGGAAAAAACAAAUACAACUAGGAAAACAUUCCUCACAUUGAAAGUCACUGCUGGCCGGUGUCGAGUUAUCAAAAAGUAUCGAGUUCGCGGAUAAAUCGGAAAGAAUUUAAGCAGGGUCAGUAUCUUAUUACAGUAUUCGAUUAAUCCCCACAAAUAUAGAUAUAUAUCUACACCAAUAGUUGCUAUGGACUUUAACAGUUCAGUACAUGUAUCCUUUGAUAUCUUGUAUGGACUGAUAUGAAGUCAAAGAUCAAGUUUUGUCAACCGUUGGAAAUUGUGUAACCGUUUCAUCGGUUUCUGGGCUAAUUAUUAUCAUCAUUAUAUAUUUUUGUGGGAAGGGUUGAUCUCAAAAAAAAUUGUAAUUCGUGAACUUAUUAUCCCUUUCACAUUCUAUUAUAGAUAGUAGAAGUGAAAGUGUUGUUGUUAUAUAACUCUGAGAGUUAAUAUAUGUAAAUUGUCAGUUCCCAAAAUUAUAAAUGUUAAUAGAAAUUGUAUAUGUAAACUAUAUAUUUUUUUCUGAUUCAUUUGAUGUUUGUUUCGUGUGUAAUUUCUACUCUACAAUUAAGUGGAGAUGUAAAAUUAACAAGGAAGUGAUUCGAUUUCCUUUCCUGCCGGUUUGACGUGCUAUAGUCUUGCACUGUGAUGUACGAGAAAAAUAUAACUUACGUAUAUAUAUA